AUGUUAUGCUUUAAUGAUUUUAAUUUUCCAAAGGAAUGGGAAGUAGUACCAAAUUCAUUCAAAUAUAUUGAUAUAGUAAUAAAAGAAAUAAUUGGUUUUGGUUUAAUCAAAGAAAAUGAUCAAGAAUUAAAAAUGAUUGUAAAUCAAGCCAUUUCAAUUGCUGCUUAUUUUUGGCCAUAUGCAAAUGAAGAACAAAUGGUAAUGGGAGGGUCAGUACUGUGUUGGUGUGUCUUAUUUGAUGAUCCACUAGAUACAAAUAAAUUAGAUGAAAAAAAAGGUUUAGAAAUUGUUAGUAGAACAGAGAAAUUACUUUUAACUAGAACUUUACCAAAUAACCCCACAAAUCUUGAAAAGUAUGGAUUUACAAUUUUUGAAAAAUGUUUAAAAUAUUGUGGAACCAAUACUCAUAUGUAUGACAUGUUAAUUAAAUUAACAGUUCAGUGGAUUUAUUCUAUAAUUCCAUUCAAUAAAUUAAAUGAAUCACCAGUUCACCCAGAAACCCUAAAAUAUAUAAGAAAAAUAAAUAUUGGUAUAGAAUUCACUCAAUCAAUAUUUUAUAUAAUAAAUUCAAAUAAUAAAGUUGAUUUGAUAGUUUUGGCAAAUCCUUUAUAUCAGAAAUUGGUUGAUUUAAGUUCAUUAAAUAUUUCGUUUGUUAAUGAUGCAGCAAGUUUUUGUAAAGAAAUAAAAGAUGGCGGUAGUGAUAAUAAUUUAUUUAUUAUUUUAAUGAAAAGAUUAGGUGGUAUUGAAUUUAUUAAAGAAGCAUAUAAACAAUUAACAGAUUUAUCAAAUGGAUACAUAGAUGAAUUUUGUUAUUAUGAGAAAUUAUUACUUUCAAGUCUUUCAAAACAACAACAAAAUGAAAUUCAAAUCUUUAUUGACCACCUAAAAUAUUUAAUGAAAGGAAAUCAAAUAUGGUCAACCAAAACAAUAAGAUAUGCAACGGAAGAUCAUCCAAUUAUUCAAUUAAGAAAUUCAACUAAUAAAUUAAUUGAAAAUAAUAUUAAUAUGGAUAAAGUAUCAUUAACAAAUAAAAACUAUAUUUAA